UCCGCUUUCCCCGAAGUGCGCAAGCGCGCCACGGUUCCCGCCCACUGCGCAGGCGGGGCCCCCAGAACCGCGGGAGGCAGCAGCUGGCUGGCGGAGUCUCUGCACUAGUGAGAACUCGCCCACGUGGCCGGCGGGCAGCCGGGCCUGUGAUUGGUCGGGAAGGAGAGGCGUGGAGGCGGGGCGAGGGGAGGUUCCCGGGCGGAGUCUGGCGGGGCUUCCAGGCCAAGCCUGCAUUCCUCCCGGGACCAGUACACAGUUGUGUGUGUGAGCAAGAUGGAGCCUGACCUGUCUGGUUUUAACAUCGAUGCCCCCCGUUGGGACCAGUUCACUUUCCUGGGGCGGGUGAAGCACUUCUUCAAUGUCACGGACCCUCGCACUGUUUUGGUACCAGAGCGGGAGCUGGAUUGGGCCAAGAUGAUGGUGGAGAAAAGCAGGAUGGGGGUCGUGCCCCCAGGGACUCAAGUGGAGCAGCUGCUGUAUGCCAAAAAGCUGUAUGACUCUGCCUUCCACCCUGACACCGGGGAGAAGAUGAAUGUCAUUGGACGGAUGUCCUUCCAGGUUCCCGGCGGCAUGAUCAUCACAGGCUUCAUGCUCCAGUUCUACAGGACGAUGCCAGCGAUCAUCUUCUGGCAAUGGGUGAACCAGUCCUUCAAUGCCUUAGUCAACUACACCAACAGGAAUGCGGCCUCCCCCACAUCAGGCAGACAGAUGGCCCUUUCCUACGUCACAGCCACAACCACUGCGGUGACCACUGCUGUGAGCAUGAACAUGUUGACAAAGAAAGCUCCACCCUUGGUGGCCCGCUGGGUGCCCUUUGCUGCUGUAGCUGCUGCUAACUGUGUCAAUAUCCCAAUGAUGCGACAGCAGGAACUCAUCCAAGGCAUCUCCGUGAAGGACAAAAAUCACAAUGAGAUUGGUCAUUCCCGGAGAGCUGCGGCCGUAGGCAUCACUCAAGUGGUUAUUUCUCGCAUCACCAUGGCAGCCCCUGGCAUGAUCUUAUUGCCAAUCGUCAUGGAAAGGCUGGAGAAACUGCGCUUCAUGCAGAAAGUCAAGGUCCUGCAUGCGCCGUUGCAGGUUAUGCUGUGUGGGUGCUUCCUCAUCUUCAUGGUGCCAGUGGCAUGUGGGCUCUUCCCACAGAUAUGUGAAUUGCCAGUUUCCUACUUGGAACAGGAGCUCCAAGACACCAUCAAGGCCAAAUAUGGAGAACUUGUGCCUUCCGUCUACUUCAAUAAGGGUCUCUAAAUGUCCCACCUCAGCAGGGACCGGUCUAUACCAAUAUUCACCAGCUCCUCCUUAGCUGCCUGUGCCCUCAUUCCUCUUUGCCAACAGGGCCUAAGGCUAGGGUGUAUUUGGGGGUGUAUGAGGCAGCAGAAUUCCUCAUGCUUCUACCCAGGCACUUGGCUUAUUGGGCUCCAGGGGAUGAAAGGGAACAAGGGGUGGAAGACCAAAUCCUCUGUCUGCUUCCCCCUUCCAUCCCAUGGAAACCAGGAGCUGAGGCCCCCUCAGGGAGAAGUUGCUGGGACCUGAGGGAGACAUUCAGCAAACCGAUUGGAAAAAACAGGAAAACUUUGGGAUUCUGGUUCCAGCCAGGAUUGGGAAGAACCCCUGGGACAGAGAGAAGUUUCUACUCUUCUUUCCUCUUCCCUCUGUGUCAUCUUCUCUCAAGCUAUGAAACCUUUACCCAUGUAGUUCUAGCUAACGCAGGAAGUAUGUGUGUUGCGGGGAGGGAGGGCUAGUCUGUGUCACCUUGGGGCUCAUCUCCACUCUACCCCAUUCUCCUCUGUCAGAAAGGCUCUUUGGGAGUGCUGCUAACCUUGAGUUUUAUCAGGCACUUGGGAGUUCUUAGUGCUGAAAAAAGGUCAUUGUGUGAGGCAGCAGAGUUCCCAUGGUGCUCAAGCUCUGUCUAUUGAUACUUUGUUCUGCUCUAAAUUCAUGUCUGAUUUUACUUCUGUGUUUAAAAGAUAAUUCUGCUCAGCCUGUAUGGCUCGGUGGUUGAGCAUUAACCCAUGAACCAGGAGGUCACGGUUUGACUCCUGGUCAGGGCACAUGCCCGGGUUGCGGGCUCAAUCCCCAGGAGGAGGCCUGCAGGAGGCAGCCUGUCAAUGAUUCGCUCUAAUCAUUGAUGUUUCUCUCUCUCCCUCUCCCUUCCUCUCUGAAAUGAGUAACACACACGCACAUGCACACCUAUUUAUAGAGAGAUCUAGAAUGGCUGUGCCUUUGGUCACCUUGAAAAAAAAAAAGUAAUUCUAACUGUGAGUAAAAAGGAUGUAUGUAGGCAUCAACCACACAUUGUAAUGGGUAUAAUUUCCUAGCUACCUCCCUUCUUCAGCCCAUUAGGUUAAAUACCAAAGACUGGUGUGUACUGACUAGGAAAGGGAAGUUUUAUUUGGACGCCUGUAAGAGAAAACCAGCAGGACCAAAGAGCCUUCAAGGACACACAGCAAAGCACAGUCACUUGCCCUUUCCAACUUGGCUGCUGUAGAUGAUUUCUCACGCUUCUUGGGGGACUGUUGUGGCAUACCUGGGGUCAAUGUCUGUAUGAGUUUUGUCUAGUAUAAUUUACUGACUGUUCAAAGAUACCACUAUGAAUUGAAUAAAUUUCUUAA